UUUGUUUGUCUUGUCGAGACAGACAAAGUAGUACGUAGGUACCUAGGUACUUAGUAUUUUAUUUGUGUUGCACUUCCAUUAAGCAAAGCAAGGUUCGUCAAGUGAUUUGAUUUAUCAUCUGUGUCGACAACUCGACAUGGGAUAUAUUUUUUCUGAUCUUAAUAUUAUACACAAAAAGUAAAUAUUUAACACUUUAUUGUUACUGCAUUUGACGAGUGAGUUUGCGACAAAGAAGUGCCCUAAAAUUUAGUGUUACGCUAAAACACCUGAUUUGUGUUUACCAUUGAUAUACACCCUGAAGCAAUAACAAUGGAGAACUUCGUGUCUUCUCCAGAAAAUACUUGCUCAGAAGAAGAAGGUGAGCAGAGAACUGCAAACAAUAGAGCCAGCGAUAAUGGACAGCCUUAUGCUACAGCCAACACUUCGUACGCAGCUCUGAAUCAGAUGGAGGAAAAAAUGCGCCGUAAACUACAGUUUUUCUUCAUGAACCCAAUAGAAAAAUGGAAGGCCAAGCGCAAGUUUCCUUACAAAUUCGUCGUACAAGUCAUCAAGAUUGUUUUGGUGACGUUCCAGCUUUGUUUGUUUGCACACAACAGAUAUAACCAUGUUAACUAUACAUGGGACAAUCGAAUUAGUUUUUCGCACUUGUUCCUGCUCGGAUGGGACUCCACUCGCGAAAUUAAUGCUUAUCCACCUGGAGCUGGCCCCUUAGCUAUCUACAAACAAGAAGAUUUUUAUAGCACGUUAGAUUUUGCAUACACUGGCUAUAUGAACCUGAGCAAUGCAAUCGGACCUUAUUCAUAUAACAACGAAGACAAUAAAUUUGUGGAUCCCGUGUUCUGUCAGUACAAUUACAAACAAGGCAUAAUUUAUGGAUUCAAUGAAAGCUAUGUUUUCAAUUCUGAAAUUGUGGAGACUUGUGUUAAUUUCACUAGUAAUGACAAUGAAUUGUUUUCAUCAGAAAAUUACUUGAAAAAUUCUGGUAUUGAUAUCCAAUUUGCAGCAUUGGUGAGGGCUAAGUUGAUGUUUUCAGUAAAUACUAUUAAUUUUAGAGCAGCGGGGCCUAUUACUCCACCAGAUUGUUAUAGAUUUGAUGUUGAAAUCAUUUUCGAUAAUGAAGAUCACGAUGGACAAAUGUCACUGGUACUAGAUGCAGAGCCUUAUAAGUUGACCUGCAGGGGAGACACAGCAUAUGUAACUGACAACAAAAUUGACCAAGUGCUUCGCAGCAUACUGAACUUGCUUGUUAUUUUGAUAUGUUCAGUUUCAUUCGCACUUUGCAGCCGAGCCAUAUACAGAGCACAGCUUUUGAAGGAAUUAACUGUGCAUUUCUUCCGACAAACAUAUAGUAAAGAACUAAGCAUUGAUGGAAGAUUAGAAUUUCUAAAUGUUUGGUAUAUAAUGAUAAUUAUCAAUGAUAUACUAAUUAUAAUGGGAUCUGCUGUGAAGGAGCAAAUUGAGCGUAACCAGUUCACAAAUGAUCAGUGGAAUGUAUGCUCUUUGUUCCUAGGAACUGGUAACCUCUUAGUUUGGUUUGGAGUCCUCAGGUAUCUAGGUUUUUUCAAGACAUACAAUGUUGUCAUACUAACAUUAAAGAAGGCUGCUCCAAAGAUUUUCCGUUUCCUGAUUUGUGCCCUUCUCAUCUAUGCAGGUUUUACGUUUUGCGGCUGGCUCAUAUUGGGACCAUAUCACAUGAAGUUUAGAUCCUUAGCAACUACUUCUGAAUGCUUGUUCUCUUUGAUAAACGGCGAUGACAUGUUUGCUACGUUUUCAAUUAUGUCAAGAAAGUCUCCCAUGUUGUGGUGGUUCAGUCGAAUAUAUCUGUAUUCUUUUAUCAGUUUGUACAUUUAUGUUGUGCUUAGUUUAUUCAUUUCUGUCAUAAUGGACGCCUAUGAUACAAUUAAGCAGUAUUACAAAGAAGGCUUUCCGAAGAGUGAUUUGCAGCAGUUUAUUGGAGAAGCUACUUUCGAGGAAGUUUCCUCAGGACUGUACAGGACGCAGAGUUCGACAUCUCUAAAUGCAGUCAUGAACUCGCUGUUUUGUUGCAAUUUUUACAGAAGAGCAUACUCAAAAAUUGGUGGAGGUACUUCGAGUCACAAUUUGAUAUGAGCUCUAUUUUGCCUAUCUAUUUCUGAAUAGACAAUAGAUGUACAUAACUAGUACAAUCUUUCAAUAUCUAUUUUCUUAUCUUUAGAGUGUUUACUAAUACACAAUGUCCUUGUUUUUCUCUGAUUCUUAAUGAUUUUACCUGAUAUUUUGUUAAGGUCAAAUUCAUGUGUUUUAUCUGUGUUAUAGGUACAAUCAAGUACACGUGUAUAAUUUUUAGAAAACUAAAAGUUAUAACAUUUUUUAAAUUUUGUACUAUUUGAUAAGGAGAUCAAUUUCUAGAUUUACAUAUUACGUAAAUUACAUUAGGUAUUUUUUUUAAAUUAAAUUACAUUUGUUUGUAUAUUUUGUUCAUUUUGUUAAGUCGCAAAAAUAUUUGUAAUAGUAAAUUGAUAUUAAACUUGCCAAAACACGAUAUUAUAGUUGAACAUGGCUUUAAUGUAGGUUUAAUUUUUAAAGCCCUAUGCUAUAUUUUAUUUUCUCAGUGAUAUCAUUGAUGACAUGAUGGAUUAUGUAAUCAAAACAAAAUGUUAGUAAAUGUUAGUAAAUGUUGUGUUCCACAUUUUGAUUGGAUUUUUCACAUAGGUAUUUAUUUUUAUGAUCAUAUUGUUCACCUUAACAGUCAAUGUGAAAAGUUUUGGAGAAUGCCUAUGGGCUUUUUGCAGGCAGCUAAUGAACUCUAGUUGAAAUUUUAACAGGCCGAAACAUAAAUUGCUUAUGGAGAAACCUACUGACUGACUGUAUUUGAAAUUGGAUGAUAUUGAUUUACGUUAUUCAUAAAAAGUUAAAGCAUAGUAUGAUUUGUUUCUUUCUGUCAAUCUCAAAUAUUAUUAAGUGUAAUAGUCACAAAACAUAGUGCUUUAACUAUUUUAUGAAUGACGACGUUAGUGUAGUUAAAUUAUUCAUUUUUAUUGGAUUUUAUAAAUCAUCCUAUCUACCCAUAUUAAUUAUUGAUUUAGUGAUAUAGGAUUAAUUAUCCUAUAUCACUAAAUCAACUUCAUUGUCACAGGGUCUGUUAAUUUUUUUAGUAACCAAAUUGUUUUAAUUGCAUAACAGUUACAAACAUACCUAGUUACCAUUUUAUUAACUUAAUAUUAUUUUUAACCAACUAGUUAAUCUUAUUCAUCUGGAGUGGCCAGAAUUCGUAAUCAAGAAUAUAAAAUAGAAAAAACUCCUCACUCGACAUGUGUACAAUUUACAUAGAUAUGAUUUUCAGUGUAUGAUAUAGAAAUGAUUUUCAGUGUGUGGCAGAAAAUUUAUUAUACGUUCACGAAAAUAUUUACAUACCUAUAUUUUAAUUGGGUUUAUAUCAGUGUACUUUUAGUCACAGAAGUGAACAUAAUAGAACUUGCACGGCAUGUUAGUUUGACGUUGUUAUUGUCAUACAUUGCUUGGCCAUUGUGAGACACGCACAUUGACAAAAACAAAAUAAGCAAUGUUUAAACGUUUAAACCAAAGUAUGAAUCACGCCACAUACUGUCUCUUCGAACAGUGUAUUGAUAUUAUCAUACAGGCAACUAUAGCAAUGCUAUAAAGUAAAUAAAAUGUAUUUUUGUACCAAAA